AUGUAAAAUAGAAGUAAAAACAAUAAAUCAAAGUACUUAUUUAAUCAAUUAAUGAAUUAAAUCAAAAAAUACAUAAUGAACAAUAAUUAAAAAUAAAGAAAAUAGAAAUUUUAAACUCUAAAAGAAGAAUAUAAGACAAAAUUUAAUAAACAAUAGUCAUCAAAUUUAGUAUAGGAGAUGAUUAAUGAAACAGAGUAAAAUGAAAUUUUAGUAUAGGAAGAAGAUCUACAUGUAAACUAGAUUUUACAACUGAAAAUAAUAUGGGAAUGA